CUUUUUUUUUCUGAUUUUUUUUCCUUCUUUCCUUUUUUUGGUGUCAGCUUAGCUGAGCAUGGCAUGGCCUUAUAAAGAAUAAAGUUAAUUAAAAAAAUCAAAUUAAAAAAAAAUACUGCUCAUUUAAAAUGAGUAAGUUUUUUACAACUGGAACAGACUCUGAGUCUGAAAGCUCAUCAGAAGAUGAGCAAUUGCCAAGAGCACCAGUAGCAACUUUUACAUACAGUGAUGAUGAGGAGGAUACUAAAAGAGUGGUUAGAUCCACUAAAGAAAAACGUUAUGAAGACAUAACUAAUUGUAUCAAAGCCAUUAAAAAUCAUAAAAAAAUAAAAGAUGUACCAAAUGUAUUGGAAUCAUUUGAAAGUCUUCAAAAAGCAUAUACAAAAUCUCUAAAUGUUAUUAUGAAAAAUGAAGAUGGAAAAAUCCCAACAUUUUAUAUACGUUGCUUGGCUGAACUGGAUGAUUUUGUUAAUGAAAAUUGGGAUGAUCGUAAAAAUAUGGCUAAAAAUAGUUCAAAAGCAUUGACAACACUUCGUCAAAGAGUCAGAAAAUACAACAAAGAUUUCGAAACUGAAAUUGCAAAGUUUCGUGAAAAUCCAGAUCAAGAAGAUGAAGAAGAAGAAGAAGAAAAACCAGAUGAAGGUUUUGAUUCUGAAGAUGAAGAUGCAGAUGAAAAAGAUAAAGCUGUAUCAUUUAAAAAAACAGUAGAAAUUGUUGAAUCAGAUGUUAAAAAAGUAGUAGAUGAUGAAAGUGGUAGUGAAUCUUCAGAUUGGGGUGAAGGUUCUAGUUCUGAAGAUUCUGAGACUACUGAUGAUGGCGGUACAAAAGAUUUACGUCAAAAAUUUAUAAAAAAAGCAACAGUUGAUAAAGAUGAUGAUGAUGAUGAUAAAGCAACAAAAAAAGAUCAACGUAAAGAACGUAUUGAAAAAGAACGUAAAAAGAAAAAAGAAGAACCAAUGAAAGAUGAUGGUCAAGGUGAAUGGCAUGUUGUUGAAAAAGGUGUUAGCGUACAAUCUGAAAAACCAAAAAUGUUUGCUAAAGAUGCUGAUAUUAAUACAUCAUCUGUAUUAAAAAAAUUAAAUGAAAUAAUUGCAGCACGUGGAAAAAAACGUACAGAUCGUCGUGAACAAAUUGAAUUAUUACAUGAAUUAUUAUCAAUAACUGAAUCACAUACACUUGGUCCAGCAAUAAUAAUUAAAAUUAAAUUACAAAUGGUAUCAUCAAUAUUUGAUUAUAAUCCAAAAGUAUCUGAUGCAAUGAAACCAGAAUAUUGGAAAAAAUUACUUGAAAGAAUUAAUGAAAUAUUAAAUAUUCUUAUUGAAAAUCCAGAUAUGGAAAUUGCUGAAUCAGUAUCUGAAGAUGCUGAAGAAUUUGAAACAACACCAUAUAAAAUACAUGGUUGUAUUUUAACAAUUGCUGAACGUCUUGAUGAAGAAUUUACAAAAUUACUUAAAGAAUGUGAUCCACAUUCAAAUGAUUAUGUUGAACGUUUAAAGGAUGAAAAUAUUGUUGCAUCAAUUAUUGAUAAAGUACAACAAUAUUUAGAAAAACAUGGUUCACCAUCACAAUUAUGUCGUAUGUAUUUACGUACAAUUGGUCAUUUAUAUUAUAAAUUUGAUCCAAAUGUACUUGAACAAAAACAGGGAAAAAUUGAUAAAACAGUUGUAACAUCAGCACAAGUUAUGGAUAAAUUAUGUAAAUAUAUUUAUGCAAAUGAUUUAACUGAUCGUAUUAGAACAAGAGCAAUAUUAUCACAUAUUUAUCAUCAUGCUCUACAUGACAAUUGGUUUCAAGCACGUGAUUUAGUAUUGAUGUCACAUUUACAAGAAACAAUUCAACAUUCUGAUCCAUCAACUCAAAUAUUGUACAAUCGUACAAUUGCUAAUUUAGGAUUAUGUGCAUUUCGUCAUGGUAAUAUAAAAGAUGCUCAUAAUUGUCUUGUUGAUUUAAUGAUGACUGGUAAAGUUAAAGAAUUACUAGCACAAGGUUUAUUACCACAAAGACAACAUGAAAGAAGUAAAGAACAAGAAAAAAUUGAAAAACAACGUCAAAUGCCAUUUCACAUGCAUCAUAAUUUAGAAUUAUUAGAAUGUGUUUAUCUUGUAUCAGCAAUGCUUAUUGAAAUACCAUAUAUGGCUGCACAUGAAUUUGAUGCACGUCGUCGUAUGAUAUCAAAAACAUUUUAUCAACAAUUACGUUCAAGUGAACGUCAAUCAUUAGUUGGUCCACCAGAAUCAAUGCGUGAACAUGUUGUUGCUGCAUCAAAAGCAAUGCGUAAUGGUAAUUGGGUAGCAUGUAAUGCAUUUAUAAUUAAUGAAAAAAUGAAUACAAAAGUAUGGGAUUUAUUUUAUCAAGCUGAUAAAGUACGUGAUAUGUUAACACGUUUAAUUAAAGAAGAAGCAUUGAGAACAUAUUUAUUUACUUAUUCACAUGUUUAUGAUUCAAUAUCAAUGCCAACACUUGCUGAUAUGUUUCAACUUGAACGUUCAGUUGUACAUUCGACAAUAAGUAAAAUGAUUAUUAAUGAAGAAUUAAUGGCAUCACUUGAUGAUCCAUCAGAGACUGUUGUUAUGCAUCGUAGUGAUCCAAGUCGUUUACAAUCAUUGGCAUUACAAUUAACUGAUAAAGUUAAUAAUUUUGUUGAUUCAAAUGAACGUAUAUUUGAAAUGAAACAAGGUAAUUUCUUUUCACGAGGUGGUAAUCAAGGUAAUUUUAGAGAUCGACAGAAUUUCAAUCGUCAAGGACAAGAUUGGAAUAGACAGAGACGUGAUCAACGUAAUCGUAAUAAUGACCGCAACAAUGAUCGUAAUAAUGAUCGCAACAAUGACCGUAACGAAGACCGUAAUUAGAUUUAAUAUUCUUUGGAAAAAAAAGAAUAACGACCGGUUUUUUCGUCCAACAUUGCAGUUAACUAAAGUUUAAACUAUAAUUAACUAACUAAGGAUUUGGUUACCGAUUGCUUUUUUUAUAUGCUUUGGUAUUGAAAAUAUCAAUAAGUAGUUAAUCCUUAGUUAGUUAAAGUUAGUUAAUGCUCAGUUAACUCUAAUGUUGGACGAAAAAACUGGCCCAAAUCUAUUUCAAUUAAUUAAACAUUAUUAAUUUUAAUUUUUUUUUUUUUCCUCGGUUUUUUUUUUUUUUUUAUUCGUAAUAAAAGCAUUUUAUAAUUGUAAAAAAUGUUUUCACUUGUAACUUUGAUGAUCAUUAUGAUACAAGUAAUUGUAAUGAUUUUGUAUUUUUUUUGGAUGAUUUAAAAGCAAUGUAUGAAUAAAAAAAUCUUGAUUAAAAAUUUAUAAUAAUAUUAAUAAUGAUU